AUGGAUCCAUUCAAUCCGCAUGACAUCGCGCGCGCUCGGCACGCGAAGACAGAGAACCAGCGCUCAAAUCGUGAGACCGAAUGGGCACAUCAAGUCGACCCUCACUUGUCGAACGAUCAGCUUCGUUCACUCUACGAUAUCGCCGAAGUACUCCUCGAGCGCGGGUUUGACGGUACCUACAAUCAAACCAUGAGAUUGGCAAGAGCUAUACGUACUGCUCUGAGUGCAAAUCGUCAACUCACUCUCGGCGCACCUCAGCCAUCAGCCAUUGGACCUCGCAUGCAGGCGCUGAGAGCCACUCCGAACGUCCAAACACCUGCCUUGCCUUCCGCAAUGGUCCAAGCACUCACCAAUGCGCGCGACCUUCCUGCUCCUUCCGCAGCCGGCGAAACUGCUCCCGCCGCCGGUGCCAAUCCUUCGACAGCCGGUAACACUGCUCCCGCCCCCGAUGAGAUUGGAUCUCAAGCCGGUCAAUCUCCUCGCGAGUCUACUCAUGCUGAGGAUGAGACUCGUACUUCAGCCCAGCAAGCUCCAUCUGCCGCCAAUGACACUGCUUCAUACGCCGCUCAGUCUCCUGCCGCCGAUGACCAUAUCUCUGUCUUGGCUGGUACAAAGCGCAAAAGAUCGAUCAUCACCUCAGAUGAAGAAUCAGAUGAAAAUGCACCGGUUACUCGGUUUGGGACUAUCGCCUCGGAUGUGAAAGAAGAGCAGAAUGAUCCUGCUGCUCAGUCUGAAACUAUCGUCUAA